AUGAUGAAAUCCAUCCUCUUCCUCGCGGCCAUCACCACCGCCCUCGCGGCGAAAACAUGCACCCCUAGUUUCGACUACUGUGCUACUACACUCGUCAAGUCGAAGGGCUUCUCCGAGUCGGAUCUCAAUGUGGUUCUCAAGACCGAAGGCCUGGAAGCCGGGGAUUUGAACAACGUGCUGUUCCACUGCAAGAAUCCCGGGGAUGUCGGACACGCCAAGCUAUGUUCGGGUGGGUGUAAGGAGCCAGCGCAGGAGGGAAGUCAUAGCUGUUAA